CCACUUCUUCUCUUCCUCUGUUGACCUUUUGACCCUAACAACGUGGGUGUGUGGGUGUCAUGUGAUCGAACAUGGACGUGGCUUUGCGCGAGCAUGCAUCUAGCGCAUGUGAUAAGCUAGAAGAACCGGGUCCGGUAUGGCUGGUGCACUUCUAACAGUUUUGGGGGCGCUUCUGGUCUCCGCUGGGUACGGAUGGGCCUCAGACUGUAACGAAAUGUCGCCCAUAGUAAUCGUUCCGGGAAUUCUCGGGAGCCAGCUCGAGGCCAAGCUGUCCAAGACCAAGCACACGCCUCACUGGUACUGUGCCAAGAACUCUGACUGGUUCACCAUGUGGCUCAACGUAAAGGAGCUCCUUCCGGGAGUUGUCGAUUGCUUCUCCUACAAUGUCAUGCUGCAUUACGACAGUGCCACAGACACCUAUCACGACACGGAGGGCGUAGAGACAAGGAUACCUGGGUUUGGGAACACCAGCGGUAUAGAGUACCUCGAUCCUCACGCUGAAUACUACGGUGCAACUGUCUACUUUCAUCCUAUGGUGCAGCAUUUUGUGGACAAAGGCUACGAGAGAGGGAAGACAAUUGUCAGUGCACCUUUCGACUGGCGAUAUGCCCCAAAUUUAUUUGAGAAGCAGGGUUACUAUGCGGACCUGAAGGCCCUUGUGGAGAAGACGUAUGCUAAUGGCGGGAACAAGAGGGUGGUGAUCGUGGUACACAGUAUGGGUGCACCAGUGACUCUCUACUUCCUGACAGAGAUCGUAGACCAGGAAUGGAAGGACAAGUAUCUCAAGGCAUUUGUCACUGUGUCUGGCGUCUGGCGCGGCGCUGCAAACGCUCUCAAGGCACCCGUGUCCGGUGAGAACGAGGGGAUUGUCAUUGACCUGGCAAUAUGGGCCCGCGCGACGCAAAGAACUUAUCCGAGCACCUUUUUUCUUGGUACCUUAUCCGUCACCAACGUGGCCCCGGGACCAGGUCAUCAUAACCACGCCGAAAAGAAACUACAGCGUCUGGGACUAUCAGGAUCUCUUCAACGACAUAGAUUUCCCGCGAGGCUACGACAUGUUUCUUGACUUUGGGAAACUCACCGGCAGACUGACUCCUCCCAACGUAACGACAUUUGUUUACUACGGCUGUGAUUACCCCACCCCGGAGAGAUUUGUCUACACUGCAGAUGAGUUCCCCGAUACGGAGCCUGAAGAAAUCAUGGGUGACGGGGACGGAACUGUCAAUAUAAACAGCCUGGAGUCGUGCAAGGUGUGGCAGACUCAGAUGACCUACAAUCUAACCAUGAUGAAAUUUCCCAACGUGGAACACGUGGACGCCAUAAAGAACAGUGACGUCAUUAAACAAGUGGACGAUGUCGUGUGUAACUUGAAAGAUUAAACAUCUCCCAGAUAUAUUAUUUAUACAAUGUGUGAUGUUUGUAAUUAUCUCUAUUUUAUCCUCCUCCCCAGUUUCUUAUGUUUGGGAGGUGAUCGUUCUAGUGUGGCAUUUUGAGAGACUGUAUAUCUGAUAUCAACUCCAGGGCCAUCUCCCGAACCUGAAACAAUUUGAACAGGAGUCAAGAUGAGGAAAGUAGCUGGUGCGUACUUCUUGGUGUGGUAGAUUGGUGAGGUGUUGUAGGAGGGAGAGAGGGACGGCCUCUAGUGCCUGGGCCACGGUGCCGGCAUUAUCUGGCUCCAGAAUCAGCGACUGCAGCAACCUAGUGGGAGCAACAAGUAGAGCCGACAGAAUACAUCAAGGACUA